ACUCAGGCUGCUCACCACCGCCGACGUCGACAACGGCGAAAUAAUUGGAUUUAUUGAUGAAGAUACACGGCUGUGUAUCCUUGUAGAACCCGUAUUCCGACGUCAGGCGUCAACAUGGCUAACGGUCCCCAGCCCCGGCCGCUCCCCUCCGUCCUGCUGCUGUCUCUCCUUCCAAUAGCCGUAUGGCUCAUAUUCCGGCCCCUGCUGUCCCCCGCCCCUCCACUACCCGCCUUGCACUCCUCGCUCGGCUUCAGCAUCAUCGCGUUCGUGGCGGCGCUGUACCUGGUGCCCGCCCUCGGCGGGAUCAUGGUGAAGGCAAACCUGAAGGGGAGGGACUUGCUAAAGACAUAUGAUACUCCGAUACCAGAGAGCCUCGGGCUCGUAUGCGCGUCCAUAUAUAUACUCCUGCUAAUAUUGUUCAUUCCGUUCCCGUUCACGAGCUGGUAUAAUGGUCAUGGCGGGAAUAGCUCCGGCUCAAAGACGAGAGAAGGCCUCUCGAUAAACGAGUUUCCCCACCAUCUACUCUCCCUGUACCUGUCCUCCCUCCUCUCGCUACUAAUGGCCACCAUGCUCGGGUUUCUCGACGACAUCUUCGACAUCCGGUGGCGGCACAAGCUGCCCAUCCCCAUCAUCGCCUCCAUCCCACUCCUAAUGGUCUACUAUGCCGAGGGCGGCAACACGCACGUCGUCGUGCCCAUCCCUCUCCGGCCCAUCCUCCGGCGCAGCCUCGUUAAUCUCGGCCCGCUCUACUACCUCUACAUGUCCCUCCUCUCCACCUUCGCAACGAACAGCAUCAACAUCCUGGCCGGCAUCAACGGCGCCGAGGCCGCGCAGGCGCUCGUCAUCGCGCUCUCCGUCGUCCUCAACGACCUGCUCUACCUGCCGUGGCCGUUCGACUUCCGCAUCCCGCUGCACCUCCUCGGCGGCCAGAAGGAGGUGGAUGUUGGCGGCGUGUGGGCGGCGGGGAUGGCGUACGGGAGCCGGGAGCUCGUCGAGCGGCACUUGUUCAGCUUGUACUUUAUGCUCCCGCUCGUCGGCGUGUGCGCGGGGUUCAUUUAUCACAACUGGUACCCCGCGCGCGUGUUCCCCGGGGAUACGCUGUGCUACGUGACGGGCAUGGCGUUCGCCGUCGUCGGCAUCCAGGCGCACUUCUCCAAGACGCUCCUCCUCUUCUUCCUCCCUCAGAUAUUCAACUUCGUGCUCUCCUGCCCGCAACUCUUCGGGCUCGUGCCCUGUCCGCGGCACCGCGUCCCGAGAUUCGACGCGAACACAAACCUCCUGCACCCCUCGAGAGCGCUCUUCGAGCGCCCCCCCUCAAACCUCUCCACGCUCGUCCUCCGCGCGCUCUCCCUCCUCGGCCUGGCGGAGCUCACCGUCCACCCUAGGACGGGCCAGAUCCUCGAGACAACGAAUCUCACGAUACUGAACGUCUUCCUCGUGCGGCUGGGGCCGAUGAACGAGAAGCGGCUCGUGCAGGUGCUGAUAUGCACUCAGAUUGCUGGGAGCGUUUUUGCGUUCGUGGUGCGGUAUGGACUGGCUGGGCUUGUGUAUGAUGGGGAUAGAAGAUGACAUGGGCAGCUUGACAUAAUGUGGCUUAACUACUGUUUUAGAGGGCAGCCUGAAUCCCAGCGGGGAUUCCUUGCUCCUGCCAACCUGGCACUCCACAAGGCUUCGCGGCUACUUCACUGCUGCCUCCACGCCCAUCCAGUCUCACAGCACGGUAUAUAUCUCCUUGAUACGGUAUGAUCUCGUGAUGGCCCCUCCAUUAUGGACCC